ACAUCUGGUUAGUCAAUUUCUAGCACUCGAGCUGGACUGAGCGAGUAAAUUUUUGUUGUUGCAUUUUUUGUUCUUGUUGUUGUUGUGGUGCAUUGUGUGUAUACAUAUGCGAGUGUGUGUGUGUUUAUGUUAUCUCCAACUUGACCCCAAACAUCAAAUAUAAGAGAAACAAAGUGCAUUAAAAAAAAUGGUGCACAAGUCUUGGAAUCUACCAAACUUGGUGACUCCCUCAUCAUCAUCAUCACCAUCACAUUCUUCUCUAUGGGGCUCUGUGCGACUCACCUACACAGUGUGUGCGUUCCUGGCAAUGAUUUUACACACAGCAAUUCGUAGUAUGUUGGGACUAGUGAUACUUAGUAUGGUCAAACAACGUGAAGAUGAUACUAGUCAAUCCACUUUAAAUGGAACAGCGAUGCAGCAGAUGCAAUGUGGACCACGUUGGCUGGAGGAUGCAGAGAUAGAAUCCUUACAGAUUACCGGCGGAGAUUUACCUUGGACUCGGAAUCAGGAGCUUGCAUUUCCUGGCAUAUUCUACUAUGGCUAUGUCAUAACUUUACCAUUGGCCGGUCAUCUAUCUGAUCGAUUUGGUAGUAAACUGUUGUUCAUUAUAUCGCUUAUACUUCAGGGAAUCACUUAUCUAUUGCUCCCAGUCAUGGCUCACCAUAGUUUUGCUGCUGCAGCUACAAAUUUAAUAAUUACUGGCAUGUUUGCGGGCUGCGGCAAUCCAUCGAUAUACCAACUCUUUGUGAUCUGGGCACAUCCUUCAGAGAGGACAGCUCUUUUGUCAUUUGCGUAUAGUGGCAUUGUCAUGGGUACAAUAAUCAUCUAUCCUGUGGCCAGUUACCUUAGCCAAUUUGGCUGGGAAAUGCCAUUCUAUAUGCUUGGCUGUGUGGUUCUACUAUAUGGUACAGCUUGCUAUUGGCUUAUCUAUGAUGACCUCAAUAAGCAUCCACGUCUAACCAUCAAAGAGAAGGCUUAUUUGCAGCCGGAUUCACAAAUUACCCCACAAAUGUCGUUGCAGCACUUGGCAAUACCUUGGAGGUCCCUGCUGACAUCAGUACCUGUUUAUGCGUUCAUCCUGACACAUAUUUUCCAUAAUUAUGGUUAUCUUCUACUUUCACUGGUCAUGCCACGAUUUAUGCGAGAAGCGAUGCAGUUUAGCCUGGCUGAGGUUGGGCUGUUGUCAUCUGCUCCAUAUGUGGGCAGUUUGUUUUCCAAACUGAUAUGCAUACUGAGCUGCUCCUAUAUCGAACGCCGUGUGGACAGGCAUUUGGGUUGUAUGCGCCGCCUUUUGUAUGCUACAUGCAUGGUAUUGAGUAUAAUUUUUGUUGGCGGCAUUAUUAUGGCCGAUUGCGGGCAAAAGAUUGUCGUUAUUAUGAUGUACGUUUUGUUGGGUAUUGUAUGUGAUAUGGGAUUUAGUGGUGGCUAUUGGCCAACUUUGUUAUAUUUUGCCCCUUCGUUUGCUGGCCUCUUGUCGGGAGUGGCCAAUUGUUUGGGCCACUUAUCUGGAUUUCUAGCGCCGUAUAUUGUGGCGGCUUUGGUUUCCUCUGGACUUAAAACGGAAUGGAAUACGGUUCUAAUUACACUGGCUCUUUUCAAUGGCUUAGCCAUGAUUAUGUUUUCUUUCUUAAGCAGCACGAAAUUGCAAGAUUGGGACCCAAGAAGUAUUUCGAAUAAUAUAAAAUUCCAAACAGCAACAGCAAGUGAUCUCGACUCAAAUCAAAUUAAAAUUAAAAUAAUUUUUAAAGAGCGCGCCUAA